CUUUUGGUGAGGAAUAGACUCUGAGGCUCAGGGAGUGGUAGCUUGAGUCUUGUGUACAUACAACAGAAUUAGAAAAGUAUGCGGGAUUGUUUCCCCCAUUUUUGGCUGCAGGUGCGCGGAAAACUUUCAGGUAAUAACGACGUAUGCUCUGCAUGCUGGCUACAAGGUUACGCUACCCAGUCCCAUCGAUCCAGGAUGGCAGAAGCUCACCUAAAGGUGUAACCUGCUGUGACAUCAGCACAGCGGCUUGAAUGGCAGGCUCGUCAAACCGGUGUUGAAGCCUGCGGGAGUCACUGACACCGUUCAGACUGCCAGGAGAAACCCACGCGUGUGCCCGCGUUCGCUCGCCUUGUACCCAAACUUGUCAGAAGCCUCCUUAUAAAAAACAAAAACAAACCAACAACAGCAACAAAAACAGGUUUGUGUCUUGUGCAUAUGGAAGAAAGAAGCGGCAACUUUUCACGAGAAGCUGCAUGAAGUGAGGGGAAGAUCGGGCUGCGUAAAGCGGAGUGAACUCAAGACGAGAUGGAAACGAACGGGAUCGAAAAUAAACUUAAAGGUUUGGAGGGUGAUCCCGACCUCCAGUUUCUCCUGAAGGGGGGAGACCUCCUGAAGGUCCUCUCCCCAAGCUGGAAGAAGACGCGUUACUUCAGGCUCCAGGAGGACUGCAAGACCAUGUGGCGCGAAUCCAAGAAGACCUUCAAGAAAAACGAUACCUUUUCGCUUGAUGACAUCUCGGCGGUGCAAAUGGGCCGUCAGUCGGAGGGCUUGAAGAAGAACACGGAGGAGCAGGUGGAGGACCGCUGCUUCUUCAUCAUUUUCAAGAGCCGCCGCAAGAACCUGGACCUCAUCGCCAGCUCGGAGGAGGAGGCAAAGCAGUGGGUUAAAAGCAUGCAGAAAGUGGUCUCCAACCUAAACAACCUGAGUCAAAAGCAGAAGACAGAGCACUGGAUCUUAAGCUGCUUGAGGAAAGCAGACAAGAACAAAGACGAUAACCUGAGCCCGUCAGAGGUCAAGAGUUUCCUGCAUCUGAUCAACAUCGAAGUGGAUGAUGAAUACAUGGAAAUGCUUUUCAAGAAAUGUGACAAGUCAAAGUCUGGAACCCUGACAGGAGAGGAGAUCAAACACUUUUAUGAUCUCUUGACCCAACGGGACGAAAUUGAUGUUAUCUAUGGGGAGUACGCCAAAACCACUGGCUUUAUGAGCGCUCAGAACCUGGUGGAUUUCCUGAUGAAAGAACAGAGGGAGAAAGCAACGCUGGCUGAUGCGCACAGAAUCAUCGAGAUGUAUGAGCCAGAUGAAAACGCCAAAGAGAAGAAGCUGCUGUCCAAAGAUGGCUUCCUCAUGUACCUGAAUCACCCAGAUGCCAUGAUUCUGAAUCCAGACCACAAGGACGUGUACCAGGAUAUGAGCCAGCCCCUCAACCACUACUUCAUCUCCUCCUCUCACAACACCUACCUCAUGGAGGAUCAGCUCAAAGGCCCCAGCAGCACAGAGGCGUACAUUAGGGCUCUGCAGAAAGGCUGCCGCUGUGUGGAGCUGGACUGCUGGGACGGACCGGAUAAUGAGCCCGUGAUCUACCACGGCUACACUCUCACCUCCAAGAUCCUCUUUAAAGAUGUGAUCAAAGCCAUCAGUGAGCAUGCCUUCAAGACAUCCCAAUAUCCAGUGAUUCUCUCCUUGGAGAACCACUGCAGCGUGGAACAGCAGGAAGUCAUGGCCCGCCACAUGAGCUCCAUCCUUGGCAGUGCACUCAUCACCUCUCCUCUGAGUGAUGGCAUGCCCACAAAUUUCCCAUCUCCUGAGGAGCUAAAGGGGAAGUUCCUGAUCAAAGGGAAACGUUUAAACAAACUGGAAGACACUUUCGCUGAGGCAGCUGCAGAUGACAACGAUGUGACGGAGGAGGAAGAGUCGAAUGAUGAGGAUGCGCAAAAGGAGAAGAGUACAAAGAAAAAGCUGAAGCUAGCGAAGGAGCUGUCCGACAUGGUCAUCUACUUUAAGAGCGUCCACUUCAACAGCUUCGAAGAUGCCCAAAAAAACCUGAGCUUCUAUGAAAUGGCAUCCUUCAAGGAGGGGAAGGCCAUAAAGCUGGCAGAGGAGUCGGCGAACGCCUACGUGCGCCACAAUGUGGAAAAGUUUAGUCGCAUCUAUCCAGCCGGCUCCAGGACCGACUCCUCAAACUACAACCCAGUGCCUCUGUGGAACGCUGGCUGCCAAAUUGUGGCCUUAAACUUCCAGACUCCCUGUACAGACAUGGAUGUGAACCAGGGCAGAUUCCUGGUUAAUGGCAAAAGCGGCUACGUCCUGAAACCAGCCUUCAUGAGGGACGUAGCCACAGAGUUUGACCCCAUCACCCUGACCCGAGGAGACUGGCUGAAGCACAAGACCCUGCAUGUCAUGGUCAUAUCAGCCCAGCAGCUUCCCAAAGUGAGCCAGAAGAAGUCCUCCAUAGUAGACCCGCUGGUUAAAGUGGAAGUCUAUGGAGUGCCAGCUGACGUCGCAGAGAAAGAGACCAAACCUUUUGAUAACAACGGCUUGAACCCUUCCUGGAAUGAGAACUUCCAGUUUGACGUGUAUGUGCCGGAACUAGCAUUGGUCCGCUUCAGCAUUGAAGACUAUGACUCCAUUUCUGAUAAUGACUUUGUCGGGCAGUACACGCUUCCCUUCAACAGCUUGAAAAUGGGAUACAGACACGUGCCGCUGUUCAAUAAGAACGGAAACCUCCUCCCCUCAGCCGGACUUUUUGUACACAUUAUGGUCAUGGAUGCCGAAUAAGAAGUCUCCAACUUUAGGACCCCCUUUCUACAGCCAUGUUUUAAAAUUUUAUUUUUCCUUUUCUGCUUCACAGUUUUAGCUCAUAAUUAACUUAUUGCUUUAAUUCUAGUCAAAGUCGAAUUGCGACUUUUUUCCUCUCUUCAGUCUAGAGAUUCUGAUUUGCAGCUGGAUGUUGGUUGUAUUGGGAGGUGGGUACACACACACACAUACUAGGGCUUCCUAGACUUUAUAACACUCCAUAUAUAUGACACUUCACUUUUACAAAUUGAAUUUGUACAAGCAGCACUCACUACAUACCGACUUCAGUUUGCAAUAGGAUGAAACUUUUUAGACUGCUUUUGUCCCGUAUUUUUAGUCUGUUUAAUGUUUUUUUUUUUUAACUUUUCAUCCAAAUGACAAUUUUAUGACUUUUAGAGAAGCACAGGCUGAUGUGAAAGUGAUGUGCUUUGUUUUCAUCAGUAAUUUUAGUCAUCCAGUAUGAUUAUUUCUCAUGUAACAUCUUGACUCUACUUCUUUUUGUAAAUCAAUAUGAACACAUAAAAAUGUUAAACACAA